AAAACUCGUGUCUAUUUAAGUGGUGAAGAAUUUAGUGGUUGGUGUUCAUAUCCAUUGUUUUCUUUUGCAUUGUUAGUGUCUAGAGAAAAUGAGUUAUUUGGGUGUAGGUGUUAGUCCUGGAACAGUUCCAGUAUACCAUAGCACAAACCUGAAAUUGUUCGAUAAGAGAAUCAAGAUAGGUGAGUUGGUGUUAAGGUUUAUGAUUCUUGGUCUUGGAGUUGUUGCAGCUGUUCUUAUUGGAACUGAUUCACAAGUGAAGGUGUUUUUCUCCUUUGAGAAGGAAGCUAAAUUCACUGAUGUUAAGGCUUUGGUAUUCUUGGUAGUUGCUAAUGGUUUGGCUGCUGGAUACUCUUUGAUUCAAGGACUCCGUUGUGUUGUGAGUUUGGUUAGGGGAAGUGUUCUCUUCAACAAGCCCUUAGCUUGGGCCAUUUUCUCUAGUCAGGUACCCUUUUACAUUUGAAAGAUCACAUCCUACUUUUUUUUUGUUGUCUUAUACAUUGUGGUCAAAACACAAGAUUAUCAAGAUUCUUGCAUCAACAUUUUGCUUUUUCCUCGAGAAUUUUGUUGCCAUGUUGAUUAAUAUCACUUAUUUUUUUAUAAAUUCAUGCAAAGACAUAAUAAAAAAGUAAUUUGUCAUUAUGUCCAUAGUGAUAUAACAUGAGUGACAAUAUAUAUUUUUUUAUUUUACAAUUUUAAGUUUUCUAGGUUCCACAAGUUUAGGUAAACUUUCAAGUUUGAUAGGCUUAAUUUAAAAAAGAAGUUUUAUUUGUUUGUUCUCACACCAACUUGGUUCUAUGAAAUGAGGUGAUGAACCCAUGUGAAAUUAACUAGGCAAAACUGUCACACCAACUUAAUUAAUUAGUAUUGCUUGUGCUAUUUUAUCAUUGGGUUUUAAGGUUU